CGGAAAUUCUACCUUGGGAAACACACUGAAGGUACACUGUUAAGAAAAGAAAGAAAAAAAAAAUCAUCAUUAGGGCACUUUUUUGGAUCAGUGGGAAAAGGGCAGGUGCUCUAUAGCACCACCUGGUGUCUAUCUCUGCACGUCCCUGCUCAUUGUUCUUUGCUGUAAACGCGAAGCAAUGAAAUAUUUGAUAUUUUCAACUUCGAAACAAUAUUUUGAACGCUUGAUGCUAUUUUUAAGAACUUAACUCUUCCUGGCUGACCACUCAGAGCGCUGGCUGGGUACUUGUGCGCUGCGUUUUCCUGUUUGGCUGCUCACCUCCACCAAACCGUAAACAUUUGGCAAGGAUUGAUCAGCUCUAAUGACAUUAUUAUGGCACACAGCCUUGUGAUUCACACCCGGGAUCAACUUGUGCAUUCAUCCUAACGAGUAUCUUUCUCCGUCGCGCUUUAGUCACUUUUUCUACCAGGACAAAGAUGGGUACGGAGAAGCCAAACUUUCUCUCGCAGCCAGUUGUGAAGAACAUCUUUAUGUUCCGGAACGGAGACCCUUUCUAUGAGGCCAGACGGAUGGUGAUCAACGAGAAGAGAGUGGGCAAUUUUGAGACGCUCCUGCGAGAGGUAACCGGCGGGAUACAGGCUCCUUUCGGGGCAGUGAGGAACAUCUACACACCGAGAGGGGGGCACAAGGUGGAGCACCUGGAGAGCCUGCAAAGCGGGGAGCAGUACGUCGCUGCAGGAAAAGAGAAAUUCAAAAAACUCGAUUAUCUAGAUAUUGGCACCAGAAAGAAGAGGAUGAUGCAGACUCUGCCAAUUCAGGCUAGACCACUGCCACAAAAUCGAAUCAUUGUGUCAGCACGAUUUCUAAAACCUAUCAAAGAACCAUGCACAAUAUUUGUGGUAGCAAACAGUGACAUGUUGAACCCUCCAAAAAGACUGCUGAUCCACCAGAGGAUGAUGGGGCAGUUCGACAGAAUACUAGAACUGAUCACAGAAAAGCUGGGUUUGAGAAUUCUGGGAGGUGUCCGAAGUCUGUACACAUAUGAAGGCCAACAGGUGAAUGAUGGGGAUGAGCUGGAGUGCGGGCAGCUUUAUGUGGCUGUGGGCAGAGAGAGAUUUAAGAAGCUUCCAUACAGUGACCUUCUCUUCACUAGGCCCAAAGGAACAAGAAGGAUCAGAGGAAUGAAGGCUCAUUCUUUACCACCCAUCUAUCGAUUCUCAAAACAGAAUGGAAAUAGUAAGUCCACAGGUCGCUUGAGCGACAGCAGGGAUGGGGAUUCCAAAGCCUCUCCUUCAAACGACCUGGCCUCUCCAGUAAGAGAGAUCUCUCAGGCCAGGCUUCUAACCCCCAGGAAGAAGAAGAGUGGACAAAGCAUCACUGCCAGCACACCUGAUAAUGAUGAUGUAGAAGCACAGGCUGACAGUGAAAACACAGAGGACAAAACCUCCCAACAUCAGACAGCUGAAGAGAAAUCUGAUGCAUCUGACGAUCAAAAGGCCUCAAAGGAGGACAGUGAAAAGGCCGAAGAGGAAUCUUGUUCUGAAAACACCACAGAAACAGAUAGGCCCACAAGCAAAGAUGAGAAGAUGGAGAUCCGAGAUACAAAUGCUGUAAGAGAAGAAGAGGAAAAGAAGGAAGCUGAUGAGCAAAAUAAUGAAAAAGGAGAGGAGAAGAAGGAAGCUGAUGAGCAAAAUGAUGAAAAAGGAGAGGAGAAGAACGCAGAUGAUGAGCAAAAUGAUGAAAAAGAAGGGGGAGUUUCUGACGUAAAUGGGCAGAAGGUGGGGGAAGUUGAAGAAGCAAAGGAAGAGGUCAGAGAACAGAGUAAGCAAGAGGUUAAUAGUGAGGAGCGGGGAUGUACUAGCAUUGCUGUUGUUGAUAUGACCCAGGACAAUAAAGAGCAAAAGGAAAAUCUAACUACACCCUCUGAGGCUGAGAAAGAGCAAGGCAAUAAUACAGACAAAGAGAAGCAAGAGAAGGAUGUUGGUAAUAGGGAGGAAAGCAGCAAUGAGCACAGUAAUGAUGCAGACACGAGAGAGGCACAAGUAGAGGCAGAAAACAGCAACAUCCCUGGCGAGACUCAGUCAGAUAGCAAGAGAAAAGGAAGCGGAAAUACUAGAAGCAGCAGCAGGAACAGUAACCAGGAUGAAGAUGUGAUAAAAUCAAAAGAUGAGGCUCUCAAUCAGCCAGGAAAAGAAGAGAAGAAGAUUAUUGGAGAGGUGAAUGGAGAUGAUGAAAUGGUAGAAGGUCAAGCAGAACAGGAAACACAGAAUUCAGCAAGAUGUGAAGAUGCAACAGAAGUAAGAGAGGAAGCAGAUGAUGUUGCUAAAGAUAAUCAAGAAGACAAAAGCAGCAAAGAAAGAGAUUAGUGAAGAAAGAGAAAAUGCAAACAUAAAACUAAAAUAAGCAUUAGGGGGAAAAAAAAGUAUAAAACAAAACAGGGACAAUACUGCAAUUAAAGGAACUAUGUUUUAAGCUUUCCUUAGAUUUUCUAUAAGAAUAGUUUAUAAUUGUAAGCAGAUAAUGUCCUUCAAUGCCUUUGACUAAAUUAUUCAGGCACAGAUAGACCAAUAAAAGCUAUAGUGAUAAAUAUGAAUUUUAAAUUUUAAAAAAAGUUAAGUCUUAAGGUGCUUUCUUGUUUCAUUAAACAAUCUGUUAACACUAUACUUUUGAUGAUGAUAACAUUUUAGUGAACAUGAACUUUAUGAACUCCCAUUAGCAUCUAAGCAAUCAACAUGGUCUGACAAUCUUGAAUUAAGCCUUGUCCUUACUGUGAAGUCAAAAUGUGAAAUACAUUUAUUUAUUAUUCAUAUCUGUCCACUACCAGAAAAAUAAAACUUCAUAAUAUUUAAAUAAAUAUUUUUUGAGUUGUGUUAAUGAUUCUUAAGCUUGAUUGUAGUUGUUUUAGCAUCAUGUAUUUUUACUUUUCAAGGCCAAUAAGAAGCUGCCGAUUUUAGGUAAUGGAAGUAGUCCUACUGCUAUAUCACACCAUCCAUUUGUGCCAUAUACCAGUAUUACUGGCAGCAAAUAGGAUUCUCAGCGUGAUGCUACCACCACUAUGCAUGACAGUUGCACUACUGUUCUUAGGCUUAAAAGUCCCAUUUUAACUCUUCUGAAAUGUGAAAUCUUUGAAGUACAUUUGUGUGGUUUGGGGCUUUAAUUUUAGCUUUUGCCUCCUUGUGUAAACUUUGUACAGCCUUUCCAUGCCAUUCUUUUGGUACUCUGGCAUUUGAAACCACUGGUUUCAAAUGGCUGGUGUUUUUAAACUGAAUUUUGUGAGAAGGAUGAAGAGAAUUAUAGAGAACAAAUGAAGUUUAUUUUUUUUCUGUGAUUCAGUUUUCAAAGGUACUUUAAAACAGAGUAUCUUGGAAGUAAAAUUUGUAUUUCCAAGGUGAAAUGGAGAUAUGCUAUCACCAAUCGACUAGGCAAAAGGCAGAAGAUGGCUCACAGUAAAAUGCAAAAUUUAGUCAAUAUUGGUGCUUGCAAAAAAAUGUAUAAAUUCAAAUGGUUUAAAAGUCUUAUUGGGCAUACUCCAGCGCCCAACAAUGCAUCCAACUGGAUUGUCAAAAUACAACUAAAAGAUACUCUUAGAAAAUAGGACUGUUUGUUUGGUUGUUUAAUUUUGUGCUUGAUGAAAAGAACAAAAAGGAAAAGAAACUUUUUAAUCAAAUAUUGUUUCUUGCUGUGUUCUGUUAUCUAUCAUUAUUGGAAAUGAAUCAAGUACCUGAGCUGUGUUAAACUUCUCCUAAUAAUUACCUACAAUAAUCCCCUAAGUAGCUUCAUUACAAUACCUCAUUGUCACUUAACAAUUUUUUGGUAGCCAUUUAAUGUCUAUUUUGGUAAUAAAAAACCUCUACAUGUCCAGAAAAUAACCCCAACAGACAAAUAAAGACAUUUAUCACCAAUUAGGUGGGUUUCAGACCACUUGGCAUCUGAGUUAAAACUCUCCCACUGCCUGUUUCAUUUACCAUUUUUUCAGUAUUCACCUGAAGGGAAGUUACAUCAAGCCACAUAAAAUUGUCUCCUACAGGCGAAAAAAUACUCUAAUGUAAAGUAUGAUCUAAUUGGAUUUCUUAUAGCCUCGCCACCCUCUUACUCCUACAACUGUUCAAAUUGAGAUUUAUGCAGUCAGUGUCUCUGUGAGUCACCAUCCCACGGGACAAGAGAAGACUGUGUGAAAAUGAGGGUGAGGACGAAACGAACAGCAAAGUGAAAAAGACACACCGAAAAGCCAAGGAGGCUGAGGUGUGAAUGGGUAUGAGUUAUAAGACCUGACUGGUUGAGGUGAUGAUGCUCAUGAUGCUUUUUCUUAAGUCCCCAUCAAUUCAAUCUUAUCACUUCCCCAGGCCACUCCCUGUUUGUGUCUGUGUGUUUGCCUGUGUGGGUGUGUUAAUAGGACUCAGUACAGCACUCUGCCUGAUUGAUUAUAAUUCUGCAAGAUAUAAUGAAAGCUAUGAGAAACAUCUUUGAAAGUUGGUAGUGUUCUGGAAGAUAACUCCUCUUAAAACAAUGUUUUUUUUCAUUUCUUUGAGUAUAUUUAAAAAAAAACAACUACUGUAUUCAAAGACAAAUGUAUCUCACUUGUGAAAAUUGAAUUAGGCUAACUGUGCCUAAAAACAAUCCUUUCUUACAGUUUUACAGUCUUUAUUACAGCAAAACCUGCUGGGCACCCUAUUUAGGUCGGAAAUAGGCAUUAAGAAAAUUUGUUUAACUUGCACACCCCAUCUAUGACAUAUAAGGGUAGCAAUUUUUAGCCAAACGGUCUUCUACAUCAAACCUUUAGAAGCAUUUAACUUGAGGUCAAUAUGAUAAAUGCUCACAAUACCAUCUGGGACCGUCUUUUCAGUCCAUUUUCUACCCAUAUGGACACAAUAUUUAAAUGUUUGAGUUAUUUGCUUCUCUGGUAAAACUUAAAAUUCUUAAAAUUCUCUUUUUUUAAAUUUUUAUUUAGCUUUGGGUCAUGCUACGCAGUAGCCAUCCUUCCAGGCCCUGUUGCCAUUGACCAACUACUUUUGACCCUUCAAAGACAUGUUAAUGCUUCUGUGUUGCACACUGGUUGAAACUAGAUUCCCCUGUUGGUGUAAAAAUGCCAUCUCAAAAUGCCCAACAUGCCACAAUCUUUAAACAUACAGUUUUUUAAACCUUUAAUAUUAGUAGCAUAGCAUGUUCAAAAGAUGAAAGAUGAAAAGAUGAAUCAACAAUCAGGAGAAUAAAGAUAAAUGAAGACAUUUUAUCAUCUUGCUUUGUUUAAACAUGAUUGAAUGCUGUCAAAAUGGUUUGAAUUUACAUUGAGAUACCAUCAGUCAAUAAAAGAUGUUGCUGCUUAAGCAAUGUAUUACAUGUUUUUUAUUUAAAUGACCAACAAGUCUUUCUGAGAAAUCCCUGCUCUACUAGAUGACUGACCCCCCCAAAUCUAGUAAAUGAUGUUCGGGGACACUAUUAUUCUCUAGCUUGAAAACUAACAACCUUUCUGUUAAAUACUCUUUAGUAGCAGGCACGUGUUCUUACC